AUGAGACCCGUCAGAACAACAGACACUCCCGUCCAGUGGGACGCAGCCCAGCCCGGCACAGCAUCCAUUGCCAGAGAGGCACGCGCCGGCGCCGUUGGGGCAGCAGACGUUGUCGGGGUGGAUGUGGCAUCCAUCUUUUGUGGUCACGUCAGCAUUAGCAUGACCAUCAGUAUCCAUGCCGACAUCGAUAUCGACGGGACAAUGGCAUCUCGAGAACCGGAAACAAGAACAGUGUAG